CACCAGCCAGUCAGUCCGUGUUUGUACGCAAUCGGGAGAGCUUCACACACGAAAUUCCCAAUUAGUCAGCGAGGAAAUUUUAAUUUACCGUUUCAUUUCGGGACACCGCCGCCGUGUUUAGAACAUAUUGUGCAAAUUUAAAGUGACCCCAAAUCGUUCCGGUUGUGUUGAAGGUUGGCAGCAUGGAAUAUGCUUGAGAUUUUGGCGUUUUUGACCGUGGGAAGCGCCUGUUUUGUUCGAAAAAAGUGGGCUGAAAAAUUUUUUGCUCACGAGAGUGGUCACGAGUGCAUCUCCGACAUAGAAACAGUGAAAAUCCCGUUCCAAAAGUGAGGCCUCCGCAGCAUUAGAAGAGGAGGGGCAAACCAGCAGCGGAGGUUGUAGAAAUAUCUGGACUUUAGUUGAUGUAAUUGUGUGCGCCAGUGUGAGCAAGCAAAAGGCAAGAAGAGCACACACGUCCAUCAUCGAAAGUAAGCGACUGCUUACAGUUUCCUGCCGUGGCCCCCCGGAACAUCGCCGGACACCUACGCAAAUUCCCAAUUUUGCAUGAUUUUGGCUUGUACCACAAAGCUGCUGCUUCGGAGACGUUCGUGCUGCGCGCAAUGAUUGUUCCCCUCAAAUAACUAACAUAGAGCAGUUCUAAAACCUGCGUGUAUUGAUAAUAAGAACCAAACAAAAAUCCGGAGAAACACUAGGUUCGUGUUCUUGUGAGUGCGUGUUAUUUUGCGAGAGAAAGUUUAGUAGACUAUCAAAAGUCCACUCAUCAAAUCGACCAAUCAAUCAAUCAACCAACAUCACCAGCAGCAGCCAGUUUCUGGACACGAAGCAUACUCCUGUUUGACAACAUAUUUUCACUCACUCUCGGGGGGGUGCCCGCAGUAGCUGCAACAACAACAACAACACCACCUUUAGCCACAGACAUAUACGCAAUCACGCAAACAUCUCGUAAUUCAUCCAACCGGCCGCGGCGAUACGAGUUUAUAUUGUUCACGCAUAAAGUUUCGCUAAUAGUGCUACUUCCAGCAUCAUCUCUCUUCGGGUAGCCACCAGCAGCAAUCAUUAGCACCACGAUGAAACGAAACGACACGCAAAUGAACGUUGCUGGCAUACGCAGGAACAUCAAGAACCUUGCCCACAACUAUUCCGAUGCACAGAUCAAGGUACGCGAGGCGACCUCCAACGAUCCAUGGGGACCGUCCUCCACGAUCAUGGCGGAGAUCGCCGACCUGACGUACAACGUGGUGGCCUUUUCGGAGAUUAUGCAAAUGAUCUGGAAGCGAACGAACGAUCACGGCAAGAACUGGCGCCACGUGUACAAGGCCUUGCUGCUGCUGGAAUAUCUGAUCAAAACCGGCACCGAAAAGGUCGCGCAGCAGUGCAAGGAGAACAUCUAUGCCAUCCAAACGUUGAAGGAUUUUCAGUACAUGGAAGAAGGUAAGGACCAAGGAAUGCACGUCCGUGAGAAGGCAAAACAGUUGGUGUCCCUGCUGAAGGAUGACGAGAGAUUGAAAAAUGAACGCGCCCGGGCCCUCAAGGCGAAGGAACGUUUUGCCAGGACGGCCAGCGGAUUCGGGUCGGACGGAUCCAUCGACGGACCAACCCAGCGAGAUUCACGGCCGCCCAACUGGGGUGAGGGUGAACCUACGGCGGCCGCUGCGGCGGCGGCUGCUGCAGCAGCAGGUCGACCAGUUUCCGAGAUUGAGUUUGUUCGGCCGCAAACCGUGGGCGAAGAGGAGCUACAGCUGCAGCUGGCGAUGGCAAUGUCCCGCGAAGAAGCCGAACAGGAAGAGCAGAAGCGACGAAGCGACGAUGUGCGGCUGCAGCUGGCACUGAGUCAAAGCGAACAGGACUUCAAAACUGACGAUAAACCCGAAAGUUCCGCUCUGGUGGAUCUGCUGGACAUUUCGUUCGGAGCCGCCGGUAUUUCCAGUCCGCACCAGCAGCCGGGACCGUCCACCAGCGUUGAUCCGUGGGGAGUGCCUGUCGCCGGAGGAUCGAGACCACAGACUACCGACCCCUGGUCGCGGACAUCGUCUCCUCCGGUGGCAGAUCCGUGGUUAAACAGUGCCUCCGCCCUGCCCCCGCCAGCAUCGUCGAAGCCACCGCUCAUGGGAGCAGCAGGACCUGGCGCAACGGGUGGACAGCUGGACGCCUGGGCCCCGUUGCGAACACAGUCGCCAUCGGUUACGUCCGGUUCGUCCGUCGAAGGAUGGCUGCAGAAUGGUGCUGGUGCAACGGCGCCAGCCGGAACAAAUGGAAACGUCGACCCGUGGCUCAACAAGUCAGCUACGCCUAGUGCGCCUCUAAACGACGCGUGGCAGCCCAAACGAGCCACUCCAGUGCCUACGGCCGAUCCUUGGCAAGCUAACGUUGGUGCGGCCAAACACGAUCCAUGGGCGCCAGUGUCCGGAAGUUCCGACGGAGCAUUCGCACUUCCUGCCAACCGACCAUCUCCUGUGGGAGCCAUUACCUCGCCUACAUCUGACCUUGAUGAGUUCGACAUCAUCACAAAGAGGAGCAACAAUGUCGUGAAUAACAACCUAAACAACAACGGAGGUUCCCUCCUGGACGAUCUGGACCCGCUGUCCUCAAGCAACACUAGCUCCACCAGCAAUUCCGCCUCGGCACCGGCGAAGAAAACGCCGGCGUCCUUCCUCGGGGAAAACUCGGCCUUGGUGAAUUUGGACAACCUAAUCAAGCCUAUCUCAACGGCACCCGGUGCAACGGGUAGCCCCGCGGCCUACAAUCCGUUUGGCGAAUCGGCGCCGGUGCAGAAAAACCUAUUCCAGCAGAAUCAACCACAGGUUCCGUCCAUCAACCAGUUGAAACAAUCGCCCUUCCCCGUGACGCUGGGAAGUGUUAACCAGGACCCCUGGGCUCCAGUCAACCCAACUGCCGCCGCGCAAUUGGAAGAAAACGGCUUCGACUUUGAAAUAAACUCCUCAACCACUAACAUUUCUUCGCUGGGCCCGAACGCGGAACCCGGCGCCGAUCUUGAUACUAACAAUAACGCUUGUGACAUUGACUACGCGCCGGAAGCUAGCAACGAGGAGUACCUUUUCAACACUGAAUUCCUCUCCACUUUUGCCGGCAAAUCCUUCCGAGCGAACGUUUCGGACGGAACUGCCGCUCCGAAACCCUUCAGUAACGAGACUCUCGAAAACUCUAAGCAGUUAGAUGACUUGUACGACUUUGGGUUCGGCAUCGACGAUCAAUAUGACGUUAAUACAAACUUAAAAACUGACCAUAAUAAUCUGAACAACAACAACGCUCCUUGGAUGAAUCCGCAGUCAUCGAAUCCAUUCCUAUCGUAAAGAGAGAAGAACUAAUGGCAAAUCCUGGACUGCAAGUCCAACCACAGAGUUAUUGCUAUCCAUUGAGAAAGAAGCAGCAGAUGCAGGCAAAUGCGCGCGUGGCAUGGAAAUAGAACAGAAACUAAAACGGUGGACGAUACUUAUGCACACACACACACCCUCAUUCUCCGAAUCGGUGUCGAUCAGCUAAACUUCUAGUUAGCUCAAUAAAACUGUGUAGUAGAAACAAGAAAAAAAAUGAUAGAAGCAAACAAUAGCAAAACCAAAUACUUGUUUUGUCGCGUCAUUUAUCAAUCACUGAGCCGAACAUUUAGCGACUGCUGAAAUGAUAAAAGAAAGAACUAAGAAACACAUUCAAAAUGCCUUACUACUUGUUUAAUAAAGAUAAAUAAAGCUGCUAGAACAACAAGAUAAACUCUUGAACUUGCUGUUGACUGCAAAUCGCUAAUGUGCAACAUUAAACUAGACUGUUCUAGCAUAAAAGACGAAAUAAGCAGAACAACAUAAUUUGGGUCACUGAAAUACUGACAAAAAGUUAGUGUAAUGAUGGUUGGGGGGGUAUUUUUUGUACGGCUAAACAUAACGACUACCACGAAUCAAUUUUGAACGUUUAUAUAAGCAAAACACAGAACUUUUUUCAUAAAUGUGAUAACUGUUACCACAUACUUUUACUAGAAACAAAAGUGUAGGUACAUCCAAAUAACUAUACGUCGUGACUGUGACAAACAAUUGGCUCUAGAUUUUUCUACUCAUCGGAACUUUCACGACAACAAACCUAAGCUGAACGAAGAAAAAACUCCCCACAAUGAGAUUCAUUUGCAAAUUAUUUUCCACACAAUUUCUAGCAUCGCUUACCGCGCCACGCCCCCCGCAUCUCGUGGGAGAUACACCCGACGACCACAUUGAGCUUUAUUUAAACGAAACACAACAAAAAAAAAAAAACAAAUAUUCGUUUCCAAUACUAUGGGUAACAUGCAAAGUAUUUUUUCAUUCUCUUGCGGUAAGAAAACAAAAAUAAGUAUCACUAAAAAUCAUAUUUUCUUUUAUUGGGUACUGUGAGAGUAGGAGAGGAACAGUUUUUUUUUUCUUGCAAAUAUUUAUUGAAACCUAGUUAUUAUUCGUCGUUAUGAGCAAGCAAAAAAGAUAAAAACACACAGUAAAGUAAACCGUAGUAUAUUCGAGUUUUGUUUGAACCUUGCUGCCUAACCAUCGGUGAUUUUGAGUUUUUCUUAGCUUGGAAUGAUUUUUUUUAACACGAUGGCAAGCUAAGAGAGGAUUAGGUGAGGAAAGGAUGGAAUGAACUGGUAUUUUAUUUUUCGUUCCUUCGAUAAAAUAUAGAUAUAUCUGAAACUGGACUUGUAAACAACAAUGAACUUUCUUUUCUAAAUUUAGACUACAAAUUGACUAAUUCUAAGGAAUACCCAUUCGAUGGGAAUCUGAUCAAUAUAAAAUGGAACUUGUAUAAAAUGAA